AUGACGACUCCGCAGAGUGCAGAGCCUUUGUCGACAGAGGAGCUGCACAAGAACAUCUCGGCAUAUAUCAGCAAAAAUGAAGAGCACCUGGCCGACAUCUGCAAGAAGAUUCAUGAUGAUCCAGAGUUGAACUAUCGCGAGUUCCACGCCCACGACAACAUCUGCGAUCUGAUGGAAAAGCUCGGAUACCACGUCAAGCGACACACUUACGGCCUCGAAACGUCUUUCGAGGUGGAAGCUGGACAUGGAGGACAGCUUAUCGUCUUCAAUGCCGAAUACGACGCUCUCCCGGGCAUUGGACAUGCCUGUGGACACAACCUGAUAGCCACCAGCUCCAUCGCGGCAUUCAUUGCAACGGCCGAGGCACUCCGGGAUAGUGGGCGAGAAGGACGAGUUCGCCUGCUGGGAACACCAGCUGAAGAGGGCGGUGGUGGGAAAGUGCGCCUCAUCCGAGCAGGUGCAUAUGAGGGAGUUGAUGCUUGUUUGAUGGCCCACCCAUCGGGUCGCAUGCCUGUGAAUAUGGACGGUGUGGCGGCAGGCAAGUGUCUUGCACGUCGACAAGUCAAGGUCACGUUCAAAGGCCAGAAUGCCCAUGCUGGAGUCAUUCCUUGGAAUGGGAAGAAUGCACUCGAUGCGGUUGUUGCGUCGUACGUCAACAUCUCGUUGCUACGGCAGCAACUUGCUCCCACAAUUCGGGUGCAUGGAGUCAUUCGCGAAGGAGGAGCGGAGCCCAACAUCAUUCCCGACUCGGCCAGCCUCGAAUAUUUCCUGCGCGGCUCAAGUUUCGCCGAGCUUUUGGAGCUUUCGGACAAAGCAAAGGCCUGUUUCGAGGCCGGGGCCCUGGCAACUGGUUGUCAUGUUGAUUGUGCCUGGCAACUGGACAAUGACUACAAAGAUCUGAUCACAAGCCUGGGCAUCGCACGAGAAUUCACGAAACAUAUGGGUAGCUUUGGUCGUGAGUACCUGGAGAAUGCGGGCGACCAGAUCAUGGGUGGCUCGACGGAUAUGGGCAACGUCACAUACGAGGUGCCUGGCUUCCACGGUGUCUUUACCAUUGGUAUCGACGACCCAGAGGUUCAACCACAUACCCCGGCAUUUGCAGCUGCAGCGGGGACCAGAGUGGCCUUUGAACGUGCUCUUGAUUGUGGCAAGGGCAUGGCAGCGACGGCCUAUGGUUUGCUUACUCGACCCGAACUGAUGGCGGAGGUGAAGAAGGACUUUAGGGAACAAAUGAAGCCGGGAGUGAAGCUGUGA